AGUUAAAUUGAAAUGGCCCGAAUAACGGACGUUUUCAGAUUGAACUUCAUAUUUUGGAAAUUUCUUGGAAUAUGGGGUAAAUCUGCACCAUCGAAAUACAAUAUGGCUUACACAGCUCUUUAUCUUUCUGCCAGUUUAUUUGUAUACGACAUUUUCUUGACACUCAAUCUCAUUCACACUCCUCGCAAGCUGGAAACCUUACUUCGAGAGACAAUGUUCUAUUUCAACCAUUUAGUCGCAAUGACCAAAAUUCUAAAGAUGUUUAUUAGGAGAAAGAAAAUUUUGGUGAUAUUCGAUCUGUUAGAUUGCGAAGAGUUCAAGCCUAGUGAUGAAGAUAGCCAAGAGAUAAUGAAACGAAAGAACGAAUUUUACUACAUUUAUUGGAGAAUUGUUGCAGUGACAUCUAAUUUAUCAUGUUUUAUGCAGGUUGUUGGUCCGUUGAUAAAAAUGUUAAUCUGGAAAAGCGAAUUAGGGUUGCCUGUAUGCAAAUAUUACUUUAUGAGUGAUGAAUUCAGAAAUAAAUAUUUUGUCAUCUGGUACAUUUAUCAGUCGUUCGGAAUUUACAAUCAAAUGGUGAACAAUCUUAACCUCGAUACAUUCAACUGCGGAAUGUUGUGGAUGGCUGUGGGUCAACUACAGAUUUUGAAGACGAAAUUUGUUAAUUUUAAGCUAAAUGACAUUGAAAACAGCUUGGACUUAAAGACGAGGGAUGAUAUGCAGACAGAAAGGCUGAGAAAAUAUCUGACGCAUUACGAGAUUAUUCUAAAGUACUGCGCCACUGUCCAGGAUAUACUAAACAUAACGAUAUUUGUACAAUUAGGAAUGUCGUCAAUUGUAAUCUGCGUCGGAUUAUGUGGAUUUGUUGCAAUGCCUUCGAAUACCGAAACAGCGAUUUUCAUGUCCAGCUAUUUAAUAACAAUGACAAUGCAAAUUUUUGUACCGUCUUGGAUGGGAACUCAAAUCAGUUUUGAGUGUGGUGAACUAAUGUCAGCGGCUUAUUGCUGCGAAUGGAUACCAAGAUCAAAAUUGUUUAAGCGCAGCUUGAUACUGUUCGUCGAGAGAGCCAAAACACCAGUCAGAAUAACAGGUCUCAAAAUAUUCACAUUGAGUUUGGACACUUUUACUUCGAUUAUGAAGACAACUUAUUCAUUCUUUACUCUCAUUAGACAAUUGCAAGUUGACGAAGUAAACUGAAAAAAGAGGUCUACAAAAUAUUUUUAUUUCUGUUUUUAAUGGCCUCGAUUGUAAGCCUUUAACCCAACAAAGAAACACUUGAACAGUAGUUAUAGCGGACCUUAUUCAAAUGAACACUAAAUCAUUAUUUUUGUGAAAAGUUAAUGAUUUAAAAUUUUAAA